UAUAAUCAUUUUUUAAUAAAAUGAUUUCAACAGUCGUAAAUGUCUGUUGGAUUCCGCUCGCGGGUUUCAUAUCAUUUUUAAUCUUCUUGUCGGCAAUCAACAAAUCUGUCGGCGUUCGGAAGGCAUAUGUAAACUUGCUUUUAAGGAUAUUCGAGUAUGGUAGAGUUAGUAUUGAAACGGCAUCACAGGAGCAAAGACAGUUGGAGGAUAGGUCUACAAAAACAGCGGAUGCGCCUAAACUUGAUGAUACAUCAACAAAUGGAGCCACUGUGAUAACAAGAGAUGCAAUCCUUCUUCCACAGCCACAAGACGCACCUGUAGAGAACGUCUCAUCCACAAAAAAGGACAAGGAGGAUAUAAACUUUGAUUUCGAAAAAUGUCUAGACUAUUUGAAAUCGGGUGUAGAGGCUAUCAUCGAGGAUGACGUAACAUCACGUUUUGAGGCUGAGGAGCUUAAAAGUUGGAAUAUGCUGACACGCACUAAUCGACAUUACGAAUUUAUAUCAUGGAAAAUCACACUCAUAUGGAUGGUUGGCUUCGUCGUGCGGUAUUUCAUUUUAAUGCCACUUCGAGUCUUAGUCUGCUUUCUUGGUGUUUUAUUUGCAGUUAUUACAAACAGUUUUGUGGCUUUAAUACCUUACCGGUUUUUGCGGCACCCUUUAGCGGAUUUAUCGUUUAAAAUAACAUUCCGCCUUAUAUCAAGUUCUCUAUCAGCCCUUAUAAAAUUUCAUAAUAAACAGUAUAAGCCUUCAACUUCUGGGUUCUGUGUAGCAAAUCAUACUUCCCCAUUGGAUGUGGCAAUAUUAUCAACAGACUGUACAUUUUCUUUGGUAGUGUGGUUAACAGUAUGUACAGCCGCUGUGGGAUAUCUAAAGGACGGACAGAAAAAGCGAGAUAUUGUAAAUAGAGUUCUCAGGCAGUGCUUUGGUGUCCUGUCCAGUGCUAUUUCGGCUGUCAUAACUUACCAUAAUGAAGAAAAUCGCCCAUCAUCUGGUAUUUGUGUGGCAAAUCAUACAAGCCCCAUCGAUGUACUCGUCCUAAUGUGCGACACCACAUAUUCUCUGAUUGGCCAAAGGCAUGGUGGAUUUCUUGGUGUACUCCAAAGGGCUCUUGCAAGAGCUUCCCCACACAUUUGGUUUGAAAGAGGAGAAGCCAAAGAUCGUCAUACUGUCGCCGAGCGAUUAAGGCAGCAUGUAUCCGAUCCUAAUAACCCGCCAAUUUUAAUUUUCCCAGAGGGAACUUGCAUAAAUAACACAUCAGUUAUGCAAUUUAAAAAAGGUAGCUUUGAAGUUGGUGGAGUUAUCUAUCCAGUGGCAAUAAAGUAUGAUCCAAGAUUUGGCGACGCUUUUUGGAAUAGCGCAAAGUAUUCAAUGAUGCAAUACUUGUACAUGAUGAUGACCUCAUGGGCCAUAGUUUGUGAUGUUUGGUAUCUUCCACCGAUGUAUCGGCAAGAUGGAGAAUCUGCUAUAGAUUUUGCAAAUCGUGUUAAGAGCGUUAUUGCAAAACAAGGUGGACUCAUUGAUUUGGUGUGGGAUGGACAACUGAAGAGGAUGAAGCCAAAGAAAGAGUGGAAAGAAAUACAGCAAGUUGAAUUUGCGAAUCGGUUAAAAUCCGAUUGACACUGAUUUCAUAAACGGCAUUAUUCGAUGUGUAGUUGUCAUAUAAUAAAAUCCACUGAUAUAAAUAUAAUAAUCAAAUCCAA